AUGAAGGAUGAUGAAACAUUUGAUGCUUUCUAUGCCAAACUAAAUGAUAUCGUCAACUCUCGCUUUAAUCUAGGAGACAGAAUUCCUGAGAAUAGAGUUGUGAGAAAAGUUCUCAGAUCUCUUCCUGAGAGAUUUCGUCCUAAGGUUACAGCUAUUGAGGAAAGCAAAGAUGUGGAUGCUAUGAGAAUUGAAGAGUUGGCAAAAGAAAGAGCAAAAAUUGCAUCCCUAAGUGAGAAUGAAUCAGAGUCAAGUGAUUCCUCAGGGAACUCUUCCCCAAAACAAAAUCUGAAUUACAUGGCAUUCACUGUCUCGGUAGAUAGCAAAAGUCAACACAGUGAAAAUGUGUCGGAUGAUGAGAGUAAGUCUAGAAAUGAAUUUGAAUAUGAAGAUGAGCUGCAAGAAGUAUAUGAGAAGCUAUACAAGGAAUGCGUUAAAUUGAGGAAACUCAACAAAGUGCAUAUUGAAGAGCUAGAUUUCAUUAAAAGAGAAAAUGAAGAGCUUCAAGGCAAAUUAACUGAGGCCAUUGUGCUAGCUGAUCAGUUUAAAAUGAAGAAGGUGUUUUUGGAAGAUGAGUUAAAAACUCAUGAAAGUGAGAUAACCUUGCUGAAGGAAAAACUGAAAUCCUUCUCCAGUAGGAAACAAAAGUUGGAUGAAAUCCUAAACUUUGGAAAGUCCCCUAGUAACAAGAGUGGACUAGGAUAUGAUGCAGUAAAAUUUGAGGCUGCAUCCACCUCAAAGCGGAUACUCACGCACAUGUCAGGUGAUAGAAGUUUGUUUAAAACUGUUGAGGAGUACAAGUGUGGAACAGUAACUUUUGGAGAUGGUGGAAAAGCUGAUAUAAUUGGAAGAGGUGAAAUUGAUAUACCUGGACUACCCGUCUUGAGGGAAGUGCUGUUUGUUGAUAGAUUAAAAGCAAAUCUCCUCAGUAUAAGUCAAAUGUGUGACAAUGGUGCUGAGGUUCACUUCUCAAAAGAAAAAUGCAUUGUUUCAGAUAAUGAUGGAAACUGCAUGAUGCAGGGAACGAGGACAUCUGACAAUUGUUAUGACAUCACUCCUAAUUUUCAAUAUAGUUGCAACAGUGCUAAGAGUGAGGCUAUAGACCUGUGGCACCAAAGACUUGGACAUGUGAAUCAUAAAAAUCUAUCCAAGAUUGCUAGGAAAGAGAUGGUGAUAGGGUUGCCUGAGCUGGGUAAAGUGGAGACUCUUGUGUGUGGGUCAUGUCAAUUGGGAAAACAAGUUAGAAUAGCUCGCAAGAAAACUACAGAUAUCCUAACCGGACAAUCUUUAGAGUUAUUGCAUAUUGAUCUUAUGGGACCCUCUAGAACUGAAAGCCUGGGGGGAAAGAGAUACAUACUGGUAAUGGUGGAUGACUUCACCAGAUAUUCAUGGGUGGGCUUUUUGAGAGAGAAAGCUGAAGCUCCUAAUGUGAUUAAAAUCUUGUGCAAGAAGCUUCAAAAUGAGCAAGGAAAGGUAAUAGUCAGAAUUAGAAGUGAUCAUGGAAGAGAAUUUGACAACUCAAAUCUUGAGAGUUUCUAUGAUGAAGAGGGCAUCAGUCAAGAAUUUUCUGCCCCUAUCACUUCACAGCAAAAUGGAGUGGUCGAAAGAAAAAACAGGGUAAUUCAAGAAAUGGCUCGAGUCAUGAUACAUAGUAAGAAUGUUCCUACCCACUUCUGGGGAGAAGCUGUGAACACAGCAUGUCAUAUUGUGAAUAGAGUCUAUCCGAGACCAAACACUUCCAAAACACCAUAUGAACUGUGGAAAGGAAAGAAACCAAAUGUGAAGUACUUCAGGGUGUUUGGAAGCAAAUGCUACAUUUUGAGAAAUAGGGAAAAUUUGGCUAAGUUUGACCCCAAAAGUGAUGAAGGGAUUUUUCUUAAAUAUUCUAGAAACAACUGUACUUAUAGAUGCUACAAUCUGCACACCAGAAGUGUAAUAGAGUCCAUAACUGUGGUAGUGAAUGAUGCUCCUGAAGAGAAAUUGAACAAAGAUGAGUCAUCUCACUUACCAAGUGAAACUGAAAGAGAAGAUGGUGAUGCAGUAAGAGAAAACUUGGAGUCCUCGUCAAAUGAAAAGGUGAGAAGCCAAAAAGAGCCUUCUUCAAGAGUAAAGUUGAAUCAUCCUCAAGAAAACAUUAUAGGAAACAUAGAUGAAGGGAUAAGACUAAGGAGGAAAGUGGUAAAUCAAUUGGCUCACUCAAGUUACAUCUCACAAAUUGAACCAAAAAGGGUCGAAGAAGGCUUAAAUGACGAGAAUUGGUUAAAUGUGAUGCAUGACGAAAUAAAUCAAUUUGUGAGGAACAAUGUGUGGCUGAAGAAAGCUCUUUAUGGCUUGAAACAGGCUCCUAGAGCUUGGUAUGAAAGACUAACUUCCUAUUUGGAAAACUACAAGUUUUUGAGAGGAGAUCUUAUCACAAAAUUUGGAUUAGAUGGCAAAAGCCAUGCUAGAACCCCCACGAGCACUAGUGUUAAGCUUAGCGCUGAUCUGUCAGGCAAGGAUGUUGAGCAAUCCUUGUAUAGGAGCAUGAUUGGGAGUUUGUUGUAUCUCACUGCAAGUAGACCAGACAUUGCCUUUAGUGUUGGGUUAACUAUAGGAUUUUGUAUUCUAGAGACUCUAACACUGAACUUGCAGGUUAUUCAAAUGCUGAUUGAGCAGAUGAAGCAAAUGCUAUGUGACUAUGGCAUUGCCCAAGGUGUGAUGAGCGUCUAUUGUGACAAUACUAGUGCUAUUAACAUUUCAAAAAAUCCUGUCCAACACUCUAGGACCAAGCACAUUGACAUUAGACAUCAUCUCAUUCAGGAGCUUGUGGAAACAAAGGUUGUGAUCCUUGAGUAUGUUUCCACCGAACAUCAACUAGCCGACCUUUUUACCAAACCCUUGGAUGGGCUUCGGUUUGAACUACUAAGAAAGGCUAUUGGGAUUUGUGCUUUGACAUAA